AUGCUUGUGCUACCACGGAAAGGUAGUCAGGGACAAAUAGAUCCCUUAGGCACAUGGGCCUCACAUCCUAGCCAACUCUGCAAGUUCCUAGGUGAGAGAAAAGAGUCUGACAACAUGAAACCAGACCUGGGCCAUUGUGGUUCAGAUGGUGAAGAUGAUGGAAAUACAUGCCAUUCGUUCGACCAGUACUCCAUGGAAGAAAUUCAGAUGUGUUUGGAGUGUUUGGUCCUCUUUGCUGCCACAGCAGGUUUUCUGGCGUUCCAGUUAGUCACAAACGCCAUUUUUGAGGAGGAGUAUGAGAGAGAUGUGGCCUGGAUAGCUAAGCAAAGCAGGAGUAUGUCCAGUAUCGAUGACGAGGAUGACUACAAGGAGGACAUGGAAUUUGAAGACUCCGAGGAUGAGGACCAGGAAGAACUGCAGGACCAGAUGGAGGAAGCAGAGGAGGACGAGGCAGAAGAUGAGAUGAAAAUGGAAGCUGGAGCUGCUAUCAGUCCUAUCAGUCUCGAUGACUUGACAGCCUGUACCUUUGUUCCUGACUAUAAAUUACAGAAGAAUGAAUUUAAGUGUAAGCUGCUUUAUGUCUGCGGUGAGCCUACUCUCCUGGUGUCUGUACCAGUAGAAUCUGAGGAGCCAACUGAAAAUGCUGAAGAAGCUUCAGGGGAAAAGGAAGAAGAUGAAACUGAAGAACUG